AUGUCCAGCCAUGGAAUCUGCACUCGGCGCUCUUCGCCGCUGGCUGAUCUUAGGCAGAGCCCUUCUCGGCGAGAGAGCCAAGGCGGAACGGAGCCACCUGCAACUGCUGUUCGCUUCAAUGCCAGCCGCCCGAAAACUUCGGAUUGGAAGCGGGCUCUGCAGCUCCCCUCCGACAUACAGGCGGCGCAGAUGGAAGCGAACGUUGUCAGCUACAGUUCGCCUCUCCGGGCUCUCUCCGUGGGAGGCCACUGGCAGAGGGUCUGCCAGCUUCUGGCAGACCUGCCGAGAGCGCUGGUCGAGGCAAACGUGUUCACCUUCAACGCCGGCCUUGGGAGCAAGCGCAGCAGUGGCUGGUCACGGUCACUUCAGACCCUCUCGGAGAUGGCUGGUAUGAGUGUGUGCCCAGAUGUCAUCAGCGUCAGUGCAGUGGUGAGCGCCAGCCAGACUCAAGGAAGUUGGAAGACAGGGCUGAGACUUUUUGCAGGGAUGCGGGCCGCCGGUAUUCGAAAAGAUUCGAUUUGCUUUAAUUCGACCAUUGCUGCAUGCAGCGAAGUGGGCCAUUGGAGUACCGCUCAGCUGCUUCUGUCGGGUAUGUUCCACACAACCAUAGAGACCAACUCCGUGACUUACAAUGCUGGGCUUAGCACCUAUGAGGGGGGCGAGGCUUGGUAUCAAGGGCUUGAGCUCUUUUCGACGAUGAUGCUGGCGCAGGUCGAAACGCAUGCUAUUGUCUGCAACUCUUGCAUCAGCGCAUGUGAGAAGGCGGGCCGCUGGCAGAUGGCCCUCCACAUCCUUGCGGAAAUGCCCGCCAUGAAGCUGCAAAGGGACGUAAUCAGUUUCAAUGCUGCCAUCAGUGCCUGUGCCAGAGCCGGACAGUGGCAGAGAGCCCUGCAGGUAUUCUCUGACAUGUCCCAGGCCCAAAUUCUGGCAGACUUGGUUAGCUUCAAUGCUGCCAUCGCCUCCUGCGCGCGAGAUGGGCAUUGGGCUCUAGCACUUCAGUUACUGUCGGAGCUGCAAGGAGCCCGUUUUCUGGCAGAUGCCAUCAGCUACACUGGCAGCCUCAUCGCCUGUGAGAAGCGCGGACACUGGCAGGUGGCGGUGCAACUGCUUGCAGAGAUGCCUGCGAUACCGGUGGAAAGCUUCAAUGCUUGCAUCAGCGCCUGUGGAGCCGCAGGACGGUGGGAGAUUGCCUUGGACUUGUUCUCAGAGAUGCAGACUCGUCGCGGUGAAGCUACAGUGGUGACAUUCGGUGCUUGCAUGACUGCCUGCACCAAAGCCUCGCAGUGGCAGAGGGCUGUCCUGCUGUUGUGGGACAUGCCUUCUGCCAGGGUGCAGCCAAACGUCGUGACCCUUGGUGUUGGCAUAUCGGCCUGUGAGGCAGCCGGGCAGUGGCAACUGGCUCUGAAGCUCUUUGCUGGCAUGACGAGAACCGCAGUAGAAGCAAGCACGCCCUCUUUCAAUGCUGACUUUAGCUGGCCGAGGGCCAUCGACGACUACGAGCGGCACUUCGACUGGACCAUGGCGGAUCCUCCUUUCUGGGGCCGCAGGUGA